AGAAAUGGAAAGCUCUCAAAUAGUUUCGAACAUCUUCUUUGCUUACACUAUAAUCAUAUCAAUCAGCUCCAUCAACUGCAUAGACAACAACAACAAGAAGUUGGUAACAAAGCAAUCGGCUUUGUUCGUGUUUGGAGAUUCGGUGUUCGAUGCUGGAAACAACAACUACAUCGAUACUCGCUCUAGUGUCCGGUCAAAUUACUGGCCCUAUGGCCAAACAACUUUCAAAUACCCUACUGGAAGAGUCUCCGAUGGACGUUUGAUUCCUGAUUUCAUCGCUGAAUACGCAUGGUUACCGUUGAUCCCGCCAAAUUUACAACCAUACAACGGUAACAACCAAUUUACCUAUGGGGUAAAUUUUGCUUCAGGUGGCGCCGGAGCGUUGGUCGAAACCUUUUCCGGAUUGGUGAUAAGUUUGAGAACACAAUUAAACAACUUCAAGAAGGUUGAAACAAUGUUGAGGUCUAAGUUAGGAGAUGCUGAGGGGAAGAGGGUUAUCUCAAGAGCUGUCUACUUGUUUCAUAUUGGUCUCAACGAUAUUCAAUAUCCAUUUAGUAUAAACUCUUCCGUACUUCAAUCCAUUUCCGACGAGAAAUACGUUGAUUAUGUUGUUGGUAACAUGACAGACGUUUUCAAGGAAGUGUAUAAUCUUGGAGGAAGGAAGUUUGGAAUCUUGAACACAGGACCAUACGAUUGUGCACCAGCCUCAUUGAUUUUAGACCAAACGAAGAUAGGAUCUUGUUUUCAGCCGGUUACUAAGCUGAUCGAUAUGCACAACAAGAAGCUUCUGAAUAGUUUGAGGUGGCUAAAGCAUGAACUAUCUGGAUUCAAAUACGCACUUCACGACUAUCACACUUCCUUAUCCGAAAGGAUAAAUAAUCCUUCAAAAUACGGGUUCAAGGAGGGGAAGAAGGCAUGUUGCGGAAGCGGACCGUUCAGGGGAACCAGUACCUGUGGAGGCCGAGGGAUACCGUCGCAAAGUUAUGACUUAUGUGAAAAUGUUACAGAGUAUUUGUUCUUUGAUGCUUUUCAUUUGACGGAAAAAGCUAAUCAACAAAUCGCAGAGCUGAUUUGGAGUGGACCGAUAAAUAUCACUGGACCUUAUAAUCUCAAAGCGCUGUUUGAACUUAACUAAAAAAAAACUCAAUAUGUUUCAUCUUUCCUUGGUUUUCAUUUUUUUUUUUUUUUUUGAGUCUGUCACAAGAAUAUUGCAGUUUUCUUGAAUAAUUUCCUUGUAAAUUAAAGGAAGUUUCAAUUUGUCAACUCAAAUGAAUGAGCUAGUAGGCUAGUAGCCCUAAAGUACCCUUAA